UUUUAUACCUGUAAACCCUUUUCGUAGCUGAGGUCCUCAGUCCGCCGAUUCGCGUAGUUUUCCAAUAAAGAGAAAAGUAGCAGAGCAGUGGCAUUUUCGUUCGGUGCAUCUUGCUUUUGACCUAGUGUGAAUUACAAUACUUACUACCUCAUACAAGCGCAGCGACGGUGUCGCUAUUCCCAAUUCUCUAACUCCGAACUAAAACCACCGUCUCUCUCACACACUCACUCUAGAGUUUAUUUAUUUAUUUAGUUUGUGAAAGGGUGAUUAAGAUGGCAGCCAUAAUCUAUCACAUAUUCUCGUCGUCGGCUCUGCUAUCUCUGGGACUGUACCACCUCAUCUGCACCACCAGGAACCACCUCAAAUCCCCGCGCGACUACUUGGCCAAACCCUACCAUCCCUUGUCUCUUUCCUCUUCAUCUUCGCAACGCCUCAAGCAUCUGCUUCUGUACCUUAUGAUCCUUUGCCUCCUUAUAGCAUUUGUCCACCAAACCCUAAUCUCGUCCGUCUCCGACCCCCUCCUUAAGGGUCGCACUCCCGUCCACCGCUUCACCUCUCUCCAGGCCGCUGCCGUCCUCUUCCUUUUCAUCCUUCUCUCCCUUGCCCUUCUCCUAUCCGAGACCACCUCCCUCCUCCCCUUCCCUCCCGAUCUCUUCUUCGCCCUUGCCGCCGCCCUCUUCUUCCUCCAGUACUCCGUUUCUUCUGCUGCCGCUUCCUUCCAGAUUUCCGAUCUCCAGGCCAAAUGCGACUCCGUCUCUGCCCGCAUCUCCGCCUUGUCUGCCGUCCUCUGCCUCGUCCUGGCCUGCAACCCCAGGCUGUUCGUCGCCGACGUUGGACUGGGGGCCUCGUUGUGCCUGCAGGGCCUUUGGGUGCUUCAGACGGGCUUCUCCCUUUACGUGGAUGCCUUUAUACCAGAAGGUUGCCAUAAACUGUUGGAUGUGGUCACCGGCGUCGAGGGCUCCACCAAGUGCGAUCUGGAGGACUCUAGGCUAAGGGCUGUUGCGGUUCUCGAUCUGUUGUUCGUGGUUCACGUCAUGUUCGUGGUGAUCAUUGUGAUGGUCUCUUAUGCUGCCAUCGUCAAGACUGUUGGAAUCAGGAGAUUCGGGUCUUACGAGGCAUUGCCCACUGUAGCCACCGCCGAUUCUAAUCACGUCCAGAUGAAGGCUAUGAUCGGCACCCAAGCCUGAUAUCAUCUCUGUAUGGUUCGCUUUUACCCCUUUUUUUUUUCCUUUUUUUUUAAUUUACUUUUCCAUUCUUAGAGAUGUUUUAGAUUGUGCUCUUUCUAGCUAUCCUUCCUUCUUUUUAGUUAAUGUCAUGGUAAUGAUUUGAGAAUGUCCUCUCCCUUCUUUUGUUGUUUGACUAAAAAACAUUGUAACCUCAUAAACAACUUCAGUUUUGUGUAUACAAAGAAAUCGACUGUAUCUCUUGCUUGGUGAA